AUGAAUCAACGUAAUCCAAUUAUUAAUUAUCAUCACCCACCUCCAACAAUUGUUAAUCAACCACCUCCACCCACAAAUAUAACAGCUGGACCACCCCCACCAUUGCAAUCAUCUUUUCAACAAUAUCAUAAUGCACCACCUAACGUUCCACCCAAUCAACAACCACCACCACCAAAUUUCCAAUAUCCAUAUUUGUAUCCUCCCCCCACAAAUCAAAAUCAACAACCUCCCCCAGCACAACAACAACCACCACCACAACAGCAACCACUGCAGCAAUUGCCACCACAGCAAUUGCCACCGCAACAAUUGCCACCACAACAAUUACCGCCACAACAAUUACCGCCACAACAAUUACCACCACAACAAUUACCACCACAACAACAAUUACCACCACAACAACAAUUACCACCACCACAACAAUUACCACCACCGCAACAACAACAACAAUUACCUUCACUACAACAAUUACCACCACAAUCACAAUCCCAAGUGCCUCCUCAACCUCUAAUGACAUUUACUAAUGAAUCAAUUCGUACUCGAAACCCUCUUCCAUCAUCAAAUGGAUCUGGACGACCCGCUAGUGGAAGAGGAUCAGAAUGUUGGUAUUAUGCAUCAGGAAGGUGUAAUUUAGAAACUCUUUUGUAUAUUGCCAUGCUAGUUACUCGUAACUUGGAAACCGAAAUUGAACAACCUUCAAGUAAAAGUAAGAUAGUACCAGCAACUGCUAUAAAAGAUACAUUGGAUACAAAAGAGUCGACUACAAUCUUGAAUGAUUCAAAAAUAACAAAAAAAUAUUCUAAUAAAUUAUCGUCUUUUUGUCCAACUGCGGUAACUCCAAGUACUGUUGCAAUGACUGUUACCACAAAAGCAACUUCUAAUUCAGAAACCACUACUUUUAUAAGGCAAUCGGACAAGAAACCCAAGUAUGGGUUUCUAUCUUCAAUAUUAAACAAUAAUAACAAUAGUUCACUUUCAUUAUCCUCACUUGCUGUUGGCUCAGAUAUGCCAAAUAAAAAACAAUCGAACCAAGUAGAAUCAGGAUCUAGAUAUAAAUUAUUCAAAUCAUGGAAUAAUUCUCAAGAUUCAGAAUAUAAAACCAUAGAAAAAGCUCUUGGAAGGUAUCGAGAUCUAGAUAUUUCUUUUUUAUCUAUGACAUUUGUGUUUCAUUCACCAAAACUUAAUUUCAAGUAUUACUCUCAAAUAUUUCAAAGAUUUCAAUCUAAAGAUCGACAUAAAGUUGACGUACUAAAAACAGCACUGAUUCCAUGGCUUAAAAAAUAUACUACUGUAAAUACUAGUGAUAAAGGUUUACUUCGGGGUCGAAUCAUUUUAUUAAAAUGGUGGAAUGCAUUAGUAGAAAAUUUACCAAACGCUGCAUUUACAGAUCAUCGCAUUGGUUCCAUUAAUUCCAUUAAUCAAACCACGAGUACUGAGGCUUGCCCAGAUGUUCCAAUAGAUACAAUAAUUCAAUAUCGUACAGCAUUAAUGUCAACACUUCAUUAUGCAAUAGAUAGGUUAAAUCAAAAAGGGGUGUAUUCGAAUGUCAUUUCUUUUUGUGCUAGAGUAUUAGUCCCCGGUGUUGGUUUUGCCUUAUUACAAGCAUUGCCCGUGAGCAAAUCUCAUAUUAAAAGGAUACUAAAUGAGACAUUAGGUGAAGAUAAUCCAAGCAUGUAUCAAAUUUCAAAACAAAAUGAACCAAUUUCGCCAUUAUUCCCGGAACAUUUAAAUUUUCUUUGCUUUACAAAUUUGAAAACAUGGUGGAGGCAAUUUGAGAAUUCAAAACGAAUUUGGGGCGAACCGCCAAUCGAAUUGAGUGGUAAUUGGAUUCGACGAUGGCAAAGUGAUGAUAGUGAAUUAUUUUUUUCAUUUUAUAAACAUUAUCAUAUUGUUCUUAAAUCAUAUCUUGCACCAUAUCUUGCGACAUUGGAAUCUAGUAAAUCAAUGACUCCUCCUCGUCAUUAUGUCACUGCACCAGGGUAUAUUCACCUUGCUUCAUUUUUCCUACUUAAGAUAGAAUCACUAAUUCAUCGUAAUAUCCAUACAAUAACCACAGUAAUUCAAUAUGAGCAUUCGAAAAAUGGUGAUAUUAUUCAUAACAAUGUUACUCCUAACAUGUCAGGAAUUUCAAACGCAAUGAAUGCUGAUACCGUGGCCGUUGAGAUGGCACUUGAAAUGGCAGGAAGACGUUUCGUUGAGACUAUGGUUUCUAUCGUAGAAAAUGGAGUUUUUCAAGAAAUGUGUAAUGUUUGGAUAAAAACUGUCGUUAAAAAAACCAAUUUGUAUGACGUUGAGGGGGUAUUUUGCUUGUUAGAUUUUAUUGAUACUUUAAUAAUUGAAUUGGAUGCUAGGGAUAAUGUUAUUGUAUCAUCUGAACCAAUUACAUCAAAUUCAGCUAAUACUUUUAAUUCAACUAGUACAAUCGAUUUCUUUUUUUCACCUCCCAAUCUCUCCAAUAUUCUUGAUAUUCAAUUUUACAUCUCAUUGGUUAAAUUUCUCCUUGAUAAAUCGGAUCAUACUAUUACCAUACUACGAACAAUAAGUUUUGUUUAUACUCAUUUCUUCCUUCUAACUUCACAACCAAUUUAUUUAAAACAAUUAGUUAGAAAUAUAAUUUUGGAUGAAGAGAUGUUUGAAAGAUUAUUUUGUCAUUGGUCUAAAAAUGUAAGAACUUAUUUUAUGAGGUUAUUGGUAUGGCAAGUUGGUAGGAUUAGUGGAGGAAUUAGAAUACACAAUGAAAACAAAGAUUUAAAUGUUGGAGAUAAAGAUGAAGAGGAGAUUUUGAUUGAAUUAGAAAACGUGAGACUUUGUUACGAAUUUUUUAAAAAUUAUUCAGGAAAUGUUGAAGAAGUUGAAAAAGCUAUCAAUAAAAUUUCCGAAUCAACAACUAAUGAAAUUAAUGUUGGAGGAAAUGGAGAUAAUAAUAGUUCAUCCGUUACUUCAAUAUCAUCUAUUUCAGAAACCACCAAAAAGCAAAAGAAAAUUUCUAUGAAGAGAUUAAUAGCGUUACAGUCAUCUCCUUCAUCUUCAUCUGGAAAGGAAAUGUCAACUGCGGCAGUUUUGUUUCGUUGGAUAUUUUCUAAUAGAUCAUCAUGCAAACAACCACAUUUAGAAUCAAACAAUAUCAAUCCUUCACCUGCAAUAAAUCAACCAGCCAUUCCGAUUCGAACAACAAGUAAACAACAAUUGGCUUCAUUAGUUUGGCAAUAUUCAUCUAAUAGACAUAUUUAUGCUGGAAAAGCGAUUUCAGAAUAUGACGCUGUUAUUCAAGAAUAUGGAGAAUGGUGUUCACAAGCAAAUGUGGAUAAUAACAUUGGUAGUAGUAAUUCUUUAAUUAAUUCGACUGUGCCGAGAUUUCCGAGUUUAAAUGUUGAAUAUCCUAAAUAUUUUGGGAAUUCAUUUACGUGA